AUGUGCGGCAGGUUCCUGAGGCAGCUGCUGGCCGAGGAGAGGCGGCAUUCCACCCCCGUGGGGCGCCUCCUGCUCCCAGUGCUCCUGGGAUUCCGCAUCCUGCUGCUGGCUGCCAGCGGGCCUGGCAUCUUCGGGGAUGACCAGAGUGAGUUCGUGUGUCAAACCCAACAGGCAGGGUGCAAAGCUGCCUGUUAUGAUGCCUUCCACCCACUCUCCCCACUGCGCUUCUGGGCCUUCCAUGUCAUCCUGGUGGCUGUGCCCAGUGCCAUCUAUCUCGGGUUCAUCCUGUAUCACGUGAUGGGGUACUGGGAAGACCCAGGAAAGAUGCAGGAGCAAGACAGCGUGGUCCACAGCAGCAGGGACAGCAGCAGCCCGAGGGAUGCCUCAGGGUCCCGAAGCCUCAAGCUGCUCUGGGCUUACGUGGCACAGGUCGGGGCUCGCGUGGCCCUCGAGGGAGCAUCCCUGGGGGCGCAUUACCAUCUGUACGGGUUCAAGAUGCCCAUUUCCAUUGCGUGUCGUCGAGAGCCUUGCCUUGGGAGCAUAACCUGCAAUUUGUCCCGCCCUUCUGAGAAGACCAUCUUUCUGAAGACCAUGUUUGGGGUCAGUGGGGUCUGUCUCUUGUUCACGUUUUUGGAGCUAGUGCUUUUGGGUGUAGGGAACUGCUGGAGGACCCAUAAGCACAAAUUUCCCUUUUCUAAGUACUUCUCAGCUUCCAAGAGUUCCACAAGACGCAAGGACCCGACUGGUGACUUGCCAGUGGCGGAAGCAAAAGAGCAACGCAGAGAAGCAGAGUUAUAAAAUCACCUGGCUUGCCUGAGGAAAGUCCUGUGAUGGGAUCUUCUUAAAACCAUCCAGUGAGCGG